AUAUCGGCAUCAUAUCCCGAGCGUACAUGAGCUUAGAAGUACCGCAAGUGUUUUCGUCAUUUAACAAUAGCCCAUUUUUUUUGUAUUUUUCUUGAAAAUUCGACCGGAACCAGAUAAAAACCUGAUAAUUCUGUGCAAAAAUCAUCGUUGACGGACUUGUGAAAUUGGAAAUUUACGAGAAAAAUUUGAGCAAUGCAACCAAAUCGAACCAAUAAACCAUCGUCGGAUCGUCGUAAUAAGCAGACUGACCGAUUGGAUCGAUUGAACGGUGAAAUGGAAAAUCGUCAGUGUGUCCAAAUAUUGAAAAAGUUGUACCUAAACAACGAAACAGCCGACAUAUUCUUUGUGUUCAGCACCGGUGACAAUGAAUCGGAACGUGUGCCGGCACAUAAACUGAUACUGUCUGCGGGCAGUGAAGGUUUUAAUAAUUUGUUUGCCACUGCCGAAGAUGGUCAAAUCGAAUUCAAGCUCGACGACACCACAACCGCGGCGUUCAAAGAAUACUUACAGUUUUUCUAUAUGCCGAAGGUUAAACUAACCUUCGAAAACUUUGCUGUGGUGCUACGAUUGGCCAAAGACUACGGGAACGAGGAUUUUCUAACCAUAUGCAGCCAUUAUUUGGACCAUAAAUUGACUGCUGAAAAUAUCAUCUGGGGCUAUGGUUUGGCCAUUCGUUAUGAUCGUGCCAUUUUGAAGAAGAACUGUGAACGACGUAUCACCGAAUCGGCAACUGAUGUUCUCAAAUCGAAAAGUUUCCUCGAAUGUGAUCGCGAUGUGCUGAAACACAUUUUACAAAUCGAUGCAUUGAAAUGCUACGAAUCACAGGUGUUGACUGGGUGUUUGAUGUGGGCCAAAGCGUCGGCCGUCCAGAAGAAUUUGGACAGCACCGAUACCCAUGUGCUACGGGCCGAAUUGGGCGAUUUAUUGUUUGAAAUUCGCUUUAAAUCGAUGACCAUGGAAUGUUUUACGUUGAUUGUUGGUUCGUAUGGUGGUUUUUUCUCGGGUCCGGAACUGGAAGAAAUCAUUCAGAUGAUCACGUUGAGUGACUACAAAUCGGAAAAAUUUAACAGCAAACUUCGUUUGAUGGGUAUUCCAGCCAAUGGCGAUGCAAAUGUUGCGGGUAACAGUGGUGCUUCUAUCGGUGGAAGCGUUGUUGGUGGUGGUGGCGGCGGUGUUUCCACCGUAACCAGUACUAAGAACCGUAGCGGCAGUAAUGAACGCAACAAACACGAUCUAUUGCACUGCAAUCGAAUUGUACAAAAGUCCGUGACGCGCUACAACAUCCCAAAGGUUGAAAAAACCCAAUUCGAGGCAAAUUAUCCUCUCUUGCUUCAUUCGUUCAACUGUGCCCAAGUGUACAGUGUCAAUGAUAACGAGAUUAAAAUCCUCAUUCCAACAUCGGUAACCAUCGAAGAAACAAAAGCCAACCAAACCGAACUCAUUUUUUCUACAAAUACAACACUCUCGUCGGUUGAAGAAAGUCAUGUGCCAUUAUGCUGUCCAAUUCGUAUUGAACCAAAUCGUGUGUACACAAUCACAUUGGAAUUGAGCGGUGACGUUGCACAUGCCGACAUUUACACACAAACCGAACUAAGAAAGUUCACCGAAUUGAAGAACGGCACCAAAGUACGAUUCAUUCCAGACCCGGAUAAAGGGUUCGACACCACCAAAGUUGGACUGGUACAACGUCUAGUAUUCAAGCGCACCUAGAUUGCCACAACAUUUUUUUGAUUUGACGAACAUCACCUUUUUCAUCACAAUUAAUCAUUUUUCUUUUUCUUAUAUAUUUUUUCCUAUCCUAAAAAAAAGACAAACCUUUGUCGAAAUAUUUUCAAUAAUGACCAAUCAUAGAGAAUUUAUGUUCAAUAAGACAAAUUAAAUAAUAUUGACAUAAAAAAAUAUAAUUAAAAAAAGCAUAAAAAUUCAUAUCGAAGAACAAUGAAGUUCAUAAAACCAUAAACAUAAGCAAUGAAGCUUAAAUU